UGCACGGGCAGCGUCCCGGAAGAGCCGGGUGAAGCGGGGCCACGUCUGGACAGCGUCUCUCGGCCACUCGCGCGCCUGGCCGCCAGACGCCCGGCGGGGAAUGCGCCUGGCGCCAGCUCCGCCCACCGCGCCGCGCCGCAUCUGCACCGCACAUCAGACCGCGCCCGCCACCGACAGUCGAACAUUUCUGAACUGCUCUUCUGCAGCGACUGGAGGAAUUCACCAAUCCAGCGAUCGACAGGACGGGCUCUAAAAAUAAACAUCUGUACACAUUCGUUCUGAUUUCACGCAUUCGUUGGCUGGAGGCGAGGGUGGCCGCAGCCAUGUUCCCCGUGUGGGCCACGCUGGUGGCGGGGCUAGCCGCCGCGCUGCUGCUGCUCUACCGCUUCUUCACGGCCACCGCCGGCUACUUCGAGUCCCGCGGCAUCGCCUACCUGCGGCCCACGCCCUUCUUCGGCAACAUCAAGGACCUGCUGCUCAUGAGGGUGUCGGGCGCCGAGAUGACGCUGCGCUUCUACAACCAGCUCAAGAAGCACAGGGUGGGCGGGGUGUUCCACUCGCGGAGGCCCUGCCUUUUGGUGUGCGACCCGGAGAUCGUGCGCCUGUUCUUGGCCAAGGACUUUGCGAGCUUCCACGACCGCGGCAUGGCGCCCGUGGACCUGAAGGCAAACCCCCUGAGUGGCCACUUGUUCAAUCUGGAGGGUCGGCAGUGGCGCGUGCUGCGGAAGAAGCUGACCCCGGCCUUCACGCCGGGCCGCAUGAAGGGCAUGAUGCAGCUGCUGCUGGAGUGCUCGGGCGAGCUGAGCGAGGCCAUGGCCACGGCGGCCGAGUCCGGGAGCUGCUUGGAGAUCAAGGAGGUGUUCGCCCAGUUCACGACGGACGUGAUCGGCACCUGCGCCUUCGGCCUGCAGUUCAACUCGCUGCGGCAGGAGGACGCCGAGUUCCGGCGCAUGGGGCGCAAGGUGUUCCAGGCGUCGGCGGGGGCCGUGGUGCGGCGCGUGGUCAUGGCGGGUCUCCCCGGCCUCGCGCGCAGGCUCAACCUCAAGUUCGCCGCCGACGACGUCUCGCAGUUCUUCCUCAAGGUCGUGCAGGACACGAUUUCCCACAGAGAGAAGCACGGCAUUGUCAGGAAGGACUUCUUGCAGCUGCUUAUUGAGCUGAAGAAUAAAGGCAGGCUGGAGUCGGAUGAAGGAGAAGUUCCUAGCUCCAAGAAUGGCAACAUCACGGAUAUAGACGACUUCAUAGAACUGAGCGACGCAGCGCUGGCCGCCCAGGCCUUCGUGUUCUUCCUGGCUGGCUUCGAGACGUCCUCGACCACCAUGAGCUUCUGCGUGUACGAGCUGGCGCUGAACCCGGGAGUCCAGCGGCGACUGCUGGACGAGAUAGACUCCGUGCUGCAGCGACACGGCGGGGUCAUGAGCUACGAGGCCGUCCAGGAGAUGGAGUACCUCGACAGGGUCAUCCAAGAGACGCUGAGGAAGUACCCGCCGGCCGCCAACCUGCACCGCAAGUGCACGGAGCCGUACACCAUCCCGGGCACCGGUGUGCGCCUGGAGAAGGGACUGAAGGUGCUGAUCCCCGUGUACGGCAUCCACCACGACCCGGAGUACUACCCGCGGCCCGACGAGUUCGACCCGGACCGCUUCACGGAGGCGAACAAGGCCCGGCGACCCGGCUACACGUACCUGCCGUACGGCGAGGGACCGCGCAUAUGCAUAGGAAUGAGGUUCGGCAACCUGCAGAUGAAGGCCGGACUGGCGACGAUCCUGAGGCACCACUCGUUCGCCAGCUGCGAGAGGACGAUCAUGCCCAUGGUGCUGGAGCCCCGGUCCUUCGUGACCGCAGCCAAGGGAGGCAUCUGGCUCAGGAUCGCCCCCAGGAGUCACUGACCCACAGCACGCCCGGUUCCCACCCCCGAGACAAGGCGACUGUGGCCGGCUGCACACCCCGCUCUCUGCUCUUCGCUCUGCGAAUCCAGUCGUCCUCGCCCGACGAUGAUCCGACGACCAUUCCUCUGAACAUUCUGGGACCACGCGACAUUCGCUCUCCUUAACCGAAGUUCGUACGUUUUCAGUCUGCGGCGACAGGCAGCAGCUGUGUACAUUUCUGUUGGUGGGCUGGAACGAUAUGAAGACACUACAAUCGAUUGUGCCAUGGUAAGCGAAUUGUGAAUGUUGUCUUCACAAGCUAGGAGCUCAUGUGUUCACUGAAUAGUCUCUUUUGAAUUUUAUUAACGUCUGAACAACACAUACCGAUAUUUAAAAUCUGUUGCAUGACAAAGAAGUCCAAAAUAUUAAUAGGUUUCGCUAAAACAAAACCGGUAUUUAAUUUAAAAAUAAUCAUAACUAAAUAAAAAGCAAUAUUAAAGCAUAAAUCUAAAAUAAAAAGCAUUAAAAACAUUUAAAAUGUAUAUUUUACACUCAGAAUUUGGUUGUAACACUUAAAAUAAAAUAGAUUUUUAUACAUGUAAUAUAUAUGAUCUGCAAGUAAGUAACAAUUCUCUAAUUUUUGCGCCUGAUUACAAUAAUAACGUACAUAAAUUCCGUAAUAAUUCCGGAAAUGUCUGCUCCCACUGUGACGAUCGGAAAGGAUUUUUCACUCAAAAUUCCUAAUGAACUUCGCUCAGCUCUCAAAACACCACAAUGGUCGAAUAAAACAUUAGGUCGAACCAUGAUGAAAUCGGUUAACGAAACGAGAUCACGCUUGUUAAGGUGCAACUGGCCAUUAGUGUUCGUACACUUGUGUUCCCAGACAUUGCAUUAAUUUUUUACUUUCACAAGGAAGUAUUUUGAUUAAAAUUUAAAAUUUUUUUAGAGACAUAUCUCUUUAUACUAUAAUAAAAAUAUGUGUGAAUCCACUUCGGUUAUAAUCAUAAUUAUGUUUUCUGAUAUCGAGCGUUUUGUACCUCAUCUGUUCUGUGUAAUAUAUCUGUAAAACUGCUGGCUAUAUAAAGAUAACUAUAUGGAAGAACGCUGAGAAUAAGUUGAUAAAACCACAGAAAAAGGUAAGUUAUAUAAAACGUGUUAUAUAUGAAUAAUCCUUUAUGCCGUCCACAUUUCAUAGAUAUAUGCUUACCUAUACCACAAUCUUAAUACUUUCGUUGUUGACUUCUAUGAAAAUGUAUACGAUUUACAUUCUCGAUAAUGUAAAAUGACUGUUAGUUACAGACAUACACGAAAUCAGUAAUUCAGGGUAUUUUUAUGAUAGUUUUUUGAGAAGAACCAAAUUUGAACUGCGAAGUAUAAGUAGUUGUUAUAUCUGUUGACUAAAAACUGAACCACGUGGCGCAGUGGUAAGACAUUGAAUUCGCACUCCAAAGCCAUGGGUUUAGAUCCUGGUUCGACUAUCGUGAAUCCGUUUUGACAUGGUUUCCCGAGAUGACUUCAGGAAACUGCUGGGAUGUGUCCUUCCUAUAAGUGGCCUCUUCCUCUCAAGCAUCCACGAAUUGUGCCUUGAGUGAUUUCAUCUCACCUCGUUGGAUAAGACGUUAACUUCAAAUAAAAUAAUAAAAAAAUAAUUACAAGACGUGAGCUGGUGUUUGGGUUCUCAGGGUUAAUGUGCACCAAGGCGUAAACCCCCAUGUGUCCACGGCAGAACAUGACUCAGAAGGUCCGUGGGCAGCCUUCAGAAUUGCUUAAAUUACGAGUGCCAAGUCUGUUCAGAAAUUUUUCAACGCCCAAAUACAUCUUAAAAACAAAUGGUAAAUAUUAGUUUUUUGAGCAAUUAUUUAAUUCUUAAAACCUUUACCUUCAGAUUUUAAACAUUGAGAUGCUGUUGAAGAGCUUAUGUAAUUUACGAAGUUUCAAGAUGCCGUCACAUUCUUUACCUUCACAGAAACUGCUUCGCAGUGAUUGCAAAGUUAACUAAUCGAACCCUCUAGCAGCAUUAGGUUCAGCCAAGGGGCAGAUAGAUAUGCUGGACAUUAAAAAAAAGUGUGAGCGAGUAUUUCAGUGCUUGUCAUUGAUGUGUAAACAUAUUACCUCGGUAACGAGCAAAUUCAUGUGUUCUCGUGUUGUUCAUGUUAUAAAUAAACUUAUAAUAAGGAACCCAGACACGAAAUUUAAUGUACAAUUUUUUAAAAUAAUGCCAAGCAUGAUAAAUAUACAGAACACAUACCAAAAUUUAUAGACGCGAAUCACUUACUUCCCACGCCCGCCCCUAUAAAUAGUUGCCUGAAUCUAAACGAUACUUGCCACCAUCUGCAGAUGGCAGCACGAAAAACACUGAAAUUUUUAAACUAUUACAAACCGUACGAUGGAAGCGAAAAAGACUUGAAAAACAAUAUUAACCUGAAACAUUUUAAAACACAUGUUUUAACACUAAGUAUAUGUUUAUAUAUUUAAUUUUGCGUAAAUGACUGAAAUCUUUGUAUAAAUAUAUAAGAAAAAAACCUAAUUUUAUUGAGCUGUUUCAAAUUUUUAUUUUAUAAUACUGUUAUUAAAAAGGUAAAAAAAAUGCAUUGACGAAAUUUGAACCACAUUCCUUAAGGUUAACAAGCGCGAGCACUACCACUGUGCUACCAAGCCCGUUGACAAGUUGGAAGCAGAAUAUGUUUUAAAAUCAGUGUGAUGCCAGUUUUCUUAGGUAUUUUAAACGUGGGAUAAAUUUUGAAUAUGGCUUUAUAUUUUAUCAAACAUAUUCCGGGGUAGUUUCACUAUCAUAAAGUUUCAUUUGGCACACCAAUACGUUUGGUAUGUACUCUAAAGUUUACGAAAGUGAUUAUAUACGGGUGUAUGUUGCUACUCGUGGAUAUGCCAUACUUGUGUCAUACCUAUUUACGUUCAUCGACUUCCUUGCCAUUUUCAAGAAAUUACUUCUAAAAAAUGCCGUAUUUCGAGAACUAAGAUGUUUAAAAAUCAAAUAAUUUAUUUAAACUACUUGAUUUGAAAUGAACAUUUACACAAAUAUUUGUUUUUAAAGUUUAAGUAACACUAGCAGAAAAUAAAACCAAACACAACCAUUUCAUCAGUACCUAUUAAUAACCUACAAACGUUUAAUUCUGCACAUGAAGUUACAGAUUUUUACAACUCCCAGAACUGAAGCAUGAAUCCAAAUGUAUAUUCAGCCCGAUGUGCGACUCAAUUACUCAAUCGUACAUACAAAUCCUAGCACACUUUCAGACUAGCUAGAAACUUGAAAUCUCGACAGACAGAUAUCGUCCCGCAACCGAUAGAAAAUUUCCGAAAAGUUAAUUUUUUUUUUAAAUUUUAACACCCCUGCCCACAUAAAGUUACAAAAUAUAAAAUUCUACAAAGCCAGGCCAUCGUAGUAUUGUUGUAGACAUGACAACACGAUCGGACCAAUUCUUGUCCGUUUGUAAGGCAUGUCCAUAGACUACAAUAACAUGUGUAGGUACACAAAAAAUCUUUGCUCUCUUCUGUGAGCGAUACAUUGUUUGCUGCGGAAAGGUAUUGAAAAUCAUGGCUUCCUCUACAAUUCAAGCUGUUUGUUUAGUGUGUAUGCCACCGCAGCUGGCCUUGUGGGGCACUAACCUUCGCUCAACCCCGCUAGCUGGGCAUGCAGAGAAAUAAGUCUCUGCAAAAUUGAAUGUUGCUUAAUUUUUUAAAAGAAAAUAUCUACGGUUAAAUAUGCAUCACCCGAAACCAUAAUUUUCGGACAUUAAAGGUCGAACAAGAAGAGUAAUUAGUGAAAAAUAACUAAAUUAAAUUAUUUUCAUGAUUUUUAUUUUUAAAGGGAAUGUUUUGUUAAAUGAUGUUAUACGUCAUAAGGUAAUCAGUUACGAUCAAACACUUAAAUAUAAUGUAAGUUCAAUUACACCAGCUGGUCCUUAGAGUGUUUAUAUACUUAUAUAUAAACUAUAUAUAUACAUAUAUAGUUUAAACUAUAAUGUAUUUAACCAAAUUUAUUCAUUAAGUAUCUUAAUCUUGUCCGUAUCUACUAUUUAUGUAGUUUAUCCAAUAUUAACAAAAAUUUUGUAUUCCAUUGUCAAAUUCUCUACCUCGUUAAAAUGCAUAAAAAUCAACCAGAUUUUCCAACUUGUUAUUUCAUUUAUUUAGUAAUUUUUUUAACAAUUCGCUCAUCCAGCGAUGUUGUAUCUCUAAAUUGGUUUGUGCUCCAUAACUUUACACCUCUGAAUUUGUUACUUCAAUUUAUUCACCUGUAUGCCUUCCAAUAUUUAAUUUCUGUGGAAGCCCUAUAGCAAAUGGUAAAGCGAAGGCGGCACAAU